CUCGUCAUCAAGAAUUCCUACUCUUCUCUCUGACAAAGAACACAAAGUAAGUAAGAAUGGUACAGACGAAGAAAUUCAGAGGUGUCAGGCAACGCCAUUGGGGUUCAUGGGUCGCUGAGAUUCGUCAUCCUCUCUUGAAAAGGAGGAUUUGGCUGGGGACGUUUGAGACUGCGGAGGAGGCAGCAAGAGCCUACGACGAGGCCGCCGUUUUAAUGAGCGGCCGCAACGCCAAGACCAACUUCCCCCUCAAGAACAACAGCACCAUAGACACGUCUGAGAGCAAAACCGACAUUUCAGCCUCAGCCUCUGCAUCUUCAUCACUCUCUUCCAUCCUCAGCGCCAAACUGAGGAAAUGCUGCAAGUCUCCUUCGCCAUCACUCACCUGCCUCCGUCUUGACACGACCAGCUCCCACAUUGGUGUUUGGCAGAAACGCGCCGGUUCCAAGUCUGAUUCCAGUUGGGUCAUGACGGUGGAGCUUGGCCCCGCCGGCCCCUCCCAUGAGCCUACUAGAAAAGCUUCACUAGACGAUGUUGGUCUGGCCACUGAGGUUGGCGACGGCGAAGAAGAAGGUGCAAUGGACGAGGAAGAGAAGGUUGCUUUGCAAAUGAUAGAGGAGCUUCUCAAUACAAACUAAAUAAUAUUUGCUUAUUUAUAAUAUAAACCUAUUGUAUUGCUGAUUUACAGCCAUAAUUAUCAAUUAUACCCUAAUGUUUAUACAUCGUGUUUAUAUUUACAUGUGUUAUAUAUUGUAUCCUCAUUUUAUGUCCAAUAAAAUAUUAGUAUUUGUAACUACAAUCCAGGAACCCAUUUCCUUUGA